AAUGUACCUCAAGACAAUAAUCUUCAGCAAAAUAGAAAGGAGUAACCUGUUUUUCCUUUUGAAAUAUUUAUUUAUUCUGAAUAUUAACAAUAAGCAAAGAAGAUUAACAUGAAUCCUACACAAAUAGAGAAAACUUUCUAAAAGUCACCAACCAUCUUUCUAUCAUUCAAUUUUUAGAAUUGUUUUAUCGAAUAAUAUUCAGUUAUGGAUUAUUUUUGAAUUAAUACAAGAACAAGAAGGCUUAUACAUAUUUGCUGAUAGAGAAGUGAGAACUAAAACAAUGGCACGUCCUUUCAACAUCUUUGCUCUCAAGCUACAAAUACACUGCAAGUAUUGUGCAAGGGAACUGAAAAAAGAGCUGCUAAAUAUCAAGGGAGUUCGUUCGGUGAAAAUCAAUCAAGAACUUGGAAAAGUAAUCAUCUCAGGCAAAGUAGAUCCUGAAAAGAUCCUAUUCAAGCUCCAAAAGGUUGGGAGAGAAGCAGAACUCUGGUGUGAACAAGAACGACCUCCUAAAGAUGUUAACGUGCUACCUAAAGUGACUGAUCCACUGAAUGAUCCUGACAUUAUGACACAACUAGAGAAAUUUUCUGAUGACCCCAGUGUUAUAAGUGUGGAGGUGACCAAAACUAUCAAGGUGAUUUUCAAAGGGGAAUCAAGAAAUGGGCCUACUGAAAAAACUACGGAGAUUAAUACCACCACCAAAAAUGUGAAAGAAGCCCAUGAUCAUUGUGAUCAUUCUCAUGGUGGUGGACUUUGCGGUGCUUCUUCAUCAUGUUGUGGUGGUCACUCUGCUGUAAGUCAUAAUCUUAAUCACAGAUGUUGCCAAUAUGGUAACACUACUAGUUUGGGUUCUAGUUGUGCACAUGGAAGAAACUCAUGUUAUUACCCUAGCCAAUAUGGUAAUAAUCCCAACUCUGGUCCUUGUUGUGCACAUAGCAGAAACUCAUGCUAUAAUUACUAUGGGCAAUAUGGUAAUACUGGUUAUGGUUCUUGUUAUCCAAAUGGCAUUUCUCCAUCAGCGGGAACAAUAUGGAGUAAUGAUAAUAUUCCCUCAGCCCCACCUUUGCCAGAUGACUAUUAUCAGGUGCCAUCAUCCUUGGCAAUGCCCAACAAUUAUUAUCAGGCACCUCUGCCAUUCUCAACAAUGAUAGAUGAAUACCAUCAAGCAGCACCAUCCUUGGCAAUACCUCACACCUAUUACAGUUUCUUAAAUGAGAAUAAGAGUGGCUGCACAAUCCUAUGAUUUUGCACAUCUUAUUUAUCAAUAGAGGGUUGUUGUUUGUACGUGUGUGGGUGUAUAUAUGAGUGAGAGAGAGGGAAAAAGAAUAAGUGUAGUAGUUAUUGUGUAUAUAACUUUACUUUGUAACUACUAUGGUAAUUUCUGCUCCUUCUGUGUCAAAAUGUGAGUGAGAGAGAGGAAAAAAGAAACACAGAAUAAGUACAGCAGUUAUUGUGUAUAUAGCUUUGUUUUGUAACUACUUUGGUAAUUUUGCUCCUUGUGUAAAUAUUAUUUCGAGUCCACUUCGUUAAAUUCAUAAACAGUGUCCAUUAUGAUGA